ACCUCGUCUACCUGGAUGGAGGUAGAAAGGAACUGGGCUAUAACCUUUUGCUUUGGUGUUGCCCUGGAAUCAUCCACUAAGACAACUAGCCUUGUGCAUGAGAAUUCUAUUGCCCUUGUUCAUCCUCUUCCUAUCAAGGUAUCUUCAAUUUCAAAAAAAAAUGAAAAUAAGGGAGUUAGUAUUACCAGAUCUCAUGAGGUUCCUGGAAAAUCUAGUACAGAUGGGACAUCUAUAUAUAUAUAUAUAUAUAUAUACACACCCCACCAUGCGUUAACUUUUGUUAAAUCGUUGAUGCAGUUGAGCAAGGGUGCUACCUCAAGGUCAGAUAAUAAAGCACCAUCCACAGUAAAGGAGGAAAACAUACAGUCUUCUGGUACUGGAGCAACACAGGGGCUAGCUCCAUCAACAUCCACUAAUGCUAUUUCAGCAGUGACAUUGAGUUCAUUGGCUUCUGGUAAGCCACCUGCAAGUGGCAUGGCAUCUCUUCCUGGACUUGCUAGCAUACCCAAUAUCGAAGCUGUUAAACGCGCACAGGAGCUUGCUGCUAAAAUGGGAUUCAGGCAGGAUCCUGAGUUUGCUCCUCUUAUAAACUUGUUCCCUGGUCAGGUGCCAGCAGAAGUUUCAGUGCCACAGAAGCCUACCAAGGCUCCUGUUCUUCGUAUAGAUGCACUUGGUCGUGAAAUAGAUGAACAUGGAAACAUUGUGAACCUUACUAAACCAAGCAACCUUAGCACGUUAAAAGUUAACAUCAACAAGCAGAAAAAGGAUGCGUUUCAGAUUCUUAAACCUGAAUUGGAUGUUGAUCCUGAAUCAAAUCCUCACUAUGAUCCAAGUAUGGGCAUAAAUAAGGCUAAGCUUUUGAGGCCCAAACGAAUGAGUUUUCAGUUUGUAGAAGAAGGCAGAUGGUCAAAGGAAGCUGAAAUGAUGAAAUUGAAGAGUAAAUUUGGAGAAGAAAGGGCAAAAGAUAUAAAGGCUAGACAAGCACUACAUGCAAAGGCAAAAGCAGCUCCUGAUAUAAAUCCCAAUUUAAUAGAGGUAUCAGAGAGAGUUAUAAUUAAAGAAAAGCCCAAGGAACCAAUUCCUGAAAUUGAGUGGUGGGAUGCUUCACUUUUGCCAAGUGGUAACUAUAGUGGAAUUGAUGGGGGUAAUAUACGUGACAAGUUGAAAAUGGAGAAGAUCACAAUCUAUGUAGAGCACCCACGUCCCAUUGAGCCUCCUGCUGAGCCAGCUCCUCCUCCACCUCAGCCUUUGAAGCUAACGAAGAAGGAACAGAAGAAGCUCCGCACUCAGCGUCGUUUGGCUCGGGAAAAAGAUAAGCAGGAGAUGAUUAGGCAAGGCUUGAUUGAACCCCCAAAACCUAAAGUAAAGAUGAGCAACUUAAUGAAGGUUCUGGGCUCUGAAGCUACUCAAGAUCCCACAAGACUUGAGAAGGAAAUCCGCAGUGCAGCUGCUGAGCGUGAACAAGCUCAUAUUGACAGGAAUGUUGCGCGUAAGCUCACUCCUGCUGAGCGUCGUGAGAAGAAGGAGAGAAAGCUCUUUGAUGAUCCGAAUACUUUGGAAACUGUUGUUUCUGUGUAUAGAAUCAAUGACCUUUCACACAAGAAGACCCGCUUCAAAGUAGAUGUUAAUGCUCAGGAGAACCGCUUGACUGGCUGUGCUGUCAUUUCUGAAGGAAUGAAUGUCGUGGUUGUCGAAGGAGGAACCAAAUCCAUUAAGAGGUAUGGGAAGCUAAUGCUUAGGCGGAUUAACUGGGCUGAGGCUGUAGGAGGAGAUGAUGAAGAAGAAGAAGAAAAAGAAGAAGAUGACAACAAGGAGAAGCCUGUGAACAAAUGCGUAUUGGUGUGGCAAGGUAGUGUUGCCAAAUCAAGCUUCAAUAGGUUUUCUGUACAUGAAUGUGUCACGGAGGCUGCAGCUCGGAAAGUGUUUGCCGAUGCUGGUGUUGCCCACUAUUGGGAUCUUGCUGUCAACUUCUCUGAUGAUUAAAUGUGAGUGGCUGCUUCCAUUAAAUUUUCUUGGUUGCUAGUAUUUUUAUUGAAGUUGACCUACUUGAAACAUUUUAAUAGCAGACUGAAAUUACUUCUGUCAACAAAUUUUCAUUAGAGGUAUGUUGCUUAAAGGUUUCUGUAAAUUCAAGUUCCAUAUGUUUCGAUCAUGCUAUCUGUGUGCUUAA